GGAAAAAGGGGAGGAAAAAAAAAAAAAAAAAAGGCAAAACAAACAAAAAGGAAAGCAGUAGGGUGUCAGCCGGCUUUGGUUUCACAGGGGUUUCCCUGGCUACUGCAGGGUACAGGGAGGAGCAAAGGGAUGGGUGUGCAGACCCAGCUCCCUAGCCUCUGUAAAUAACUUUACUGCUUUAUUGCAGGAACCAGCGGCAUAUAAGGUGGUGGAGAAGUUCCUUGGUCAGUUGCAUGUGUUGCAGGGGGCAUUACUAAACGAGUAAUGCAUAUUAUGUUCCAAUCUUCAAGGCUUGCUGGUGAAAAGGUAAUACUAUGAGAGCUUUCCUAAGGAGCUCAGACGAGUGUUUUCAGCUGAAGCCACAAACAACCACAAUCGGGAGACACGAAGGGUCAGACAUCGUGCUGAAGUCUGCAGGGGUAGAGGAUCAUCACGCGGCCCUCGAGUUCGCCGGCUGGGAGAAUGGCUUUGUCCUGCAGGACCUCAAUUCUCCCCAGGGCACCUUUGUGAACGGCUGCCAGGUGCAAAACGCGGCUGUGCGAGUGAGCCCAGGCGACAUCCUGCACUUCGGGGCGCAGGGAGCACCCUUUGAGCUAGUGGUCGAUGGAGUCCCCCAGGCAUCCUAUCCACCGGUGAAACGUCGCACAGCGUGGGCUGGGCAGCUGCAGGUGGCUGCAGACCCCCAGCGCUGCCCUGCCGUGUCUCCUGCCCACCUCCCAUUGCUGCAGUCCCAGCAUCGCCCCGGCACUUGGGGCAGCUGGGCUCCUGCCGCGGCCAGCCCCGUGCCCCAUCCACCGCUCCAGAAGCGACCCCUGAGCGCCUGGACCAGGAGUGCGACCGCCUCCAGCCCUCCAGAUGCUUUCAGCCGCCCCCCCGCAGAGAGGCCAGCCUGGACCACAAUCUCAGGCAAUGAUCCAAAUAAUGGGGCAGGAGCCCCUUUCCUGAGGAUUCAUAGCGUGGAUUGCCUUCUGCAGGAAAAGGAUGAAAUGCUGCUGAGACUGGAAAAGGAAAUCAGUCGUCUCUCUGGUUUUGAAGCAGAAUCAAAGCAGAAAGAUACAGUGAUAAGGAGUCUUCAGGACAAAAUUGCAGCAAUGGCCAAGACCAUGGCCCAGGCUGCUGCUAGAAGCGAUGUGGAGCUGACCCAAAAGCUUCUAACACUUGACAGAGAAAUCAGAGCCAAAGCAGAGGAGAUUAAAACCUUAAAGGAACAGAUCAGUGACUUGCAGAAAGAUUCAAGUGAAGUUUUUAGCCAUUCUCUUUAUGAAAGAGACCUGGAAAUUGGAAGCCUGAGAAAAGAAAGUGAGAAGCUAAAGAGGGAUCACGCUUUGACCACAGGUCUAGUGACCAGCCUGCAAAGGGAGAUUGCUGUGAAGGAGCAGAAAAUUCAGCAACUCAGGCAGGACGUGGAGAAAAUAAAGAAGGCAAACAGAGAAAAGGACAACCAGCUGGCAGUUGUGUCUGCCAAGUGCUCUAGACUUAAAGAGGAAAUGAAGCGUGACCUCGGAGAGAAGGACGUGACUCCAUACCAAAAACGCAUUGGAGAGCUGGAACGUGACCUGAAGGGCUUGCAGGAAGAAGUCCAGAAGUAUCGCAUUGAGCAGGAAACCAUCCAAACCAAGCUGUCUGAGAAAGCAAAGGCUGAAGAGGAGCUGAAAAAUGCCUGUGAAAGGAAAUCUGUGCAGUUACAGGAGAUGGGGCGCAGGGAGCGCCUGCUGAAAUCUGAUGUGGAUCGUGCCAAAGUGCAGCUGGCAUCUUUCAAAACGCAAGUGGUGCAAGCCUGCCUCCCACAAGCAGCAGAAGAGGCGGGGAAGGCCCUCACCAUCCAGCAGGUACUUGAGAAGGUCAGGCAGAUCUGUGAGGAGAACCAACAAAGUCAGGAAAGAGAGAAGCGUCUCCAGGAGGAAAUAAGUGCCAGGCUCUCGAAGGAAAAGGAGGUGUCUGAAAAUGUCGAGGUGUUCAAGGAAUCAGUGCGUGAGCUCCAGGCUUUCCUGGGGACCUCGUUCUGCAGCGACAGCUUGAGGAGGGAGCUGUGCAAGUUUGAGGCCAUGCUUGUGGACCCCUUGGUGUCGGACGUGCAGGCAGCUGUGGUGAAAAUCACUCACGUGGCCCUGUCGUGGCUGGAGGGAGCAGAGCAGCUGCUGGCAAGCGCAGGGUUGGACCUCCUCACCUCUGGCAAAGGACUGACAGCCUGUCUCAGGAGGUUGCUGGAAAAUAAUCAGGAAACCAUGCAACGGAAUGAAAUGUUACAGGCCCAAUUAAAGGAAAUCCGGGAGUCACAGGAUGCUCUGCUGCAGGAGCGCCUGAAAGAGCAGAAAGUGAAAUACGAGCAAGACCUACAGAUAAAAAUCCAUCAAAUCGCGUUGGAAAAGGAGGAGGAGAAAAAAGAGAUUAUGAAGAGCACCGCUGCGAAGGAGAAGGAUAAGCAUGAGAAAUAUGUGGAGGAAGAAAAGAAGAUAGUCCAGGACUUGGAGAGCCGCCUGAGAAGUAUGACUGAGGUAAUGGAAAUGAAGUCCAAAGAGCAGGAGGUUGCAGAUCUCAAGCUGAGGGAAGCUGUGCGCAACCUGGAGGAAACCACGGCGCGAGAGAUGAUGUUAAAGCAGCAGGUCCUCAGGCAAGAUGAGCAGCUCAAGAUCAUUCAGGAGGAGAGCGAGGUACUGAAGCAGAAAGUCCAGGAAGAAAUAGCAGGAUAUAAGGAGCAAAUUAAGCAACAUGCUCGGACAAUUGUUGCUUUAGAAGACAGCCUGCUGGAGGCUGAGCAGCAGCAGAAGACGCUUGAGAAGGAAAAUAUCACGCUUCUGGAAAAAAUAGAAGGACUUCAGGGUGAUGCCUGCAGGGAGACAGCAGGAGCAUCCCAGGAGGCCUCUUGCACCGAGGAGUCUCACCGUUGUGUUCUAGAAGAGCUGGCUGCUGCGCAGAGCAUGCUCCUGGCCAAAGAGGCUGCUAUUGCCAGGUUAACCAAGGAGCUCUCGGAAACCCAAGCCAGGAUGUCAGACAUGAGAGGAGAGCUCAGCGAGAAGCAGAAGGCGGAGCUGGAGUGGAGCCUGGUCCAGAUGAAGAGCCAGGAGCGGGACUUGAAGGCGCUGAGGGAGAAGCUGUCAGAGAUGUCCAAGCUUGUGGCUAAGAAGGAUCAAGAGCUGAAAGCGGCAGCUGCAGAGUUAAGGCAAGCCCAAGAAGACUGCAAAGCGCUGCAGGCUGCAUCCCGAGAAAUGGCACAGGAGCCAGAGACUCUUCUGCAGACGCAAGCGCGGGUGACACCUGCCACGGUGGAGGAAGCCUCUGAGACGGAGCCAGCUUUGGACCUGGUUGAGCUGGGUGCGAAAUGCAGAGGCCUCAGGCACGAGGAAACAAUCCAGCGCCAAAAAGAAGGCUUGGUGGAGCUCCGGGAAAGGAUCAAGCUGCUGGAGAAGAUGCAGUCCUCGACUGUCAUGAGCAAGGCUGCCGAGCCACUCGUAGUCCAGAAGAGAGACUUGUCAGGGAAGAGAGCCCAGAAAGCAGGCCUUGAGAAGGAAGCGGCACCGCUGUCAGGAGCAAAAACGAAGUGCAGCAAGUGUCUGGGCUGUUUUCCUGAUGGGUGCUCGCACGUGACCGCCCACGAGACAGCAAGCUCGGAGGUGUUGGAAGCAUUAGACCUCAGGGAGAGGAUGUACCUGGACUUAAUUUGUGCUCUGGGAAGUCUGAUGAAUAUGGAGGAGCUGGCAGGAAUGCAGUCUGUGCAGCAUCUUCCCCAGGAAGAGAGGGAAAAAGAAGGGCAACAGCGACGGAAGGACUUUGAGCUGUUGUACGAGAAAAUCAGCAAGCUCAAGAGUCGCCUGGAAAAGAAAGAGGAAUUGCUCAAAGAUUACGAGGCCCGCAUCGAGCAGCUCAGGCUGAACCAGGAGUCCUUGCAAAUGUGCCAGGAGGAGAUGUUGAAACUGGAAGACGAAGUCCACAGGGAAGCAGAAGAGAAAGCUCUGCUAAGAGAGGCUCUGGAGAGGGCCCAGGUCCAGCUGGGGCAGGAGAAGAGGCUGAAUCGAGUGGUGAAGCAGCGCAAGACAGCACAGGCAGCUCGUGCAGUGAGAAGUAAAGUGAUUGAUGGUUUUAUGCAGAGCUUUGAAGAGGAAAAGGAGAAAAGAAAGGAGAAGGUGCCUCGUGGCUGCGCCCGUCCUUCCAGAGGACGAGGCGGGAAGCCUGGACCCCAGCCAUCGAUGCCAGCAAAGCUGAAGAUGAAGGAAUGCCCAGCAGAACCAUCAGAAGCGACAGGCAGCACGUAGGAGUGCCACCCCACGGGCCUUUAGCUCACAGAGGAGAAGGGCAGGAACACGCCAUCGUGCGCAGAACUUGGUUUGGGUGCAGCACCGGGCGGGCAGGUAGUUGGAAGAACCUGUGCGAGAGGAUCCCGUGGUGUCCCGUGGGACUGCUGCAGGGACCAUGAAGCACACAGGGCCUGGGAAGUCCUGCGGGACUUGUACCACAGCACAUGGUGCGGUUUGUGGAAGAAAAAAGGCGGUGUGAAUACAGCCUGGUGAGCGCGUGUGAGGUCGAUUUCUGGUGUGUGGCUUUCCUGCUGAGCCCACUUCUCUCUUGUGACUCCCGUGGGCCUCCCAUGGGACUGUCACAGGGGCACGAGAGGCACAGAAAUGGGGACGGGAGACACAGGAGAGGGCACGUAGUGCUGAGCAGGGCUGCCAAGGGGGGACGAGGAGCCACGGGCACGAAGCACGGGAGCGCAUCAGGGCAAGACUGGAGCUCCACACGGGUGGCACACGAUGCUCGUGGGCAC